AGGAAUUUAACUUGUUUCUUGGGGAAUAAUGUGAGCUUCUGGGAGCAGUUGAAACUUUUGUUUGCUGCAAGGUCGAAGUCGUUGUCACGCCCGAUGGUGGUAUGGAUCAAAGUUUGCGUUGGGGGUGCAGUAUGCGGGUCAUUUGCAUGCCUCAUGCUCGGUUGACCUCUUUACUCAUAGCUGCAGAUACAUUUCCGUGCUAGCCAAUCACGAUGGGUACAGAACGCCAAAGGCAGACGCUGAGGUGUGCACCCUAAUGUGUACGAGUUGUUCACGCUCUGCCCCAUGUACUUCUAGCCACCUCGUGCUUACUCGCUUGUCGUCUUCCACAACUGGUAGGUGCCUAGCUGUGCCGUUCCCAGAUUGCACACCUCUCGCCUGCGCCUGCUGUCGUCGUGGUCGGCCAAUCUUGCUUCCAGCAGAGCGGCCUUGGGGCAGAUUCACAUUUCAACCCGGCCUAACGAGUCAAUGGCUCGCAUGGCGCCUCAAUUCGACAGCAGCUCCGCCAAUACAACUCACGAAAUGCCCGCAAACAUUUCCAGCAAAUUGGAGACGAGAUGUGCAGCGCGUUCAUGGUUCAUGGUUCAUGGUUCAUGGUGCAUGGUGCACGGUGCACGGUGCACGGUUCACGGUUCACGGUUCACGGUUUAUGGUUUAUGGUUUAGGUUUUGGUUUAUGGUUUAUGGUUCAGGUUUUGGUUUAUGGUUUAGGUGUUGGUUUAUGGUUUUCGUGCUGGCACCGAGGGUUGUGACGCCCUGCUCGGAGUCCGGGGCUUGCAUCGUAAAAGAAUGAGAUAUACUCAUCGUAAGCCAUGGCAAGUUGCAGCUAGCGGUGUAACGAGCCUGCAGACAUAAGUCCAUGUUUUUAGUGCAUUUCGCUGAGAAACGAGCCCCAUAACUAUUUUGGACGCUUUCAUUUUAUAUUCAUUUUUGGGUUUAAAGGCAUUUUAAACU